GGGUAUUUGUUCUCCAAAACUGUUUGAGCCGGUUUUAUCUAGUUUACAAGACGGAGUAGAGUUUUUAUUCAACGGCCGGUUUCUACUUUGUAGAGUAAGCAUUACGUUCUUAUUUGUCAAAUACGGUUAAAAAGCAUUCGUUUUAGGGCGGUUUUCUCUUUUGUGUUAUUUCUGUGGCGCCAGUUGUGUUAAGUGAACAGUUGGUCUGUUUUAGUUUUCUAAGAAGCUUAACAAAUGGAUCCACGCAAGCCGCCUGAUCACAGAGACAAAGCCAGUGCUUUUUGGCCAGGCCAUGGAAGAGGACUGCACCCUGAGGAGUUGGCUGUAGGACGCGGUAGAGGCUUGAUGCUCACCACAGUAGGGCCUGGUCUAGGACGAGCAAGGGCUUUACUCAUUCCUGAUGACAACCUUCAAGUACAAGCAGCAUCUUUACCCUCUAUUGGACCUGUGUUUGCUCGAGGUAGAGGGUUGCUGGCACUGCCUGAUGAUGGCUUAGGAUUUGGCCGAGCCAGGGAGCUCAACUUCCCACCAACUCCGCCAAAGGUUGGAGUGUCGAGAGGUGUAAUUCUAGCCAAACAGGAGCCACAACUUGGACCUACACAUCCAUUUGAAACACAAGAGGUUGACACACCAACUCUGGGUCAAAAAUCAACAUUGGUCUCUAUGUUCAGAGGAAUGGGAGUUGAGCCCAUCACUACUUGUGGAAGAGGAAUUCCUGCAGUUGGAAGAAAAGCAGCUGAAGAAAUGGGAAUACGAAGUACCCCUGUGGGUCUCGCCAGCGCCUCAGGGAGUCUUCCUGGAGACUCGCGGGACAACAGCAGCAGUUUGUCUCCUCAGAUGAUGGGUGGGCUGGGAAGAGGACAAGUGAUGCUUCCUUCUCAUGUUCUUGGCCAGGAUAAACCUCAAACACCUGAGCCUCCAAUAGUUCAUCCGAUUAAACCUCAAUCACCUGAACCUCCAACAACCCAACGUCUUCAUCCUCCCUUAGCAGGUAAAAAAGAUGCCUCUGUUCUUUUGACUACUGUACCACCAAAAGGUGACCUAAAAAUGGAGGCAUUGCCUGUACCACUUAAUAAAGCUGGGAGCAAAGGAACCCCCAUCUCCAUAGGGUCAAAUCACAUCGCAGUUCAGUGCAAGAAUGACGCUGUGUACCAGUACCAUGUAACAUUCAUUCCAAAUGUUGAAUCAAUGGCGAUGCGUUUUGGAAUGCUGAAAGAUCAUCGUCCAACCACCGGGGAAGUGGUGGCUUUUGAUGGUUCCAUACUCUACCUACCAGUUAAAAUGAGUGAUGAGGUUGUGCUCAAGAGUUUGAGACGGACCGAUAAUGAGGAAAUAGAAAUCAAAAUCCAGUUGACAAAGAUUUUGCCGCCCACCUCAGAUCUUUGCAUUCCUUUCUACAACGUGGUGCUCAGAAGGGUAAUGAAAAUACUUGGACUGAAGCUGGUGGGACGAAAUCAUUAUGAUCCAGAAAGCGCCGUCGUCAUUGAUAAACAUCGACUUCAAGUGUGGCCAGGUUAUUCAACCAGCAUCAAGCGUACAGAUGGAGGUCUGUACCUGUCCGUGGAUGUGUCUCACAAAGUUCUUCGUAAUGACUCUGUGCUGAAUGUCAUGAACAACCUUUACCAACAGAGCAAGGAGAACUUUCAAGAUGAAUGCACCAAAGAAUUUGUUGGCAGCAUUGUUAUCACCCGCUACAACAACCGCACAUAUCGCAUUGAUGCCAUUGACUGGAAUAAAUCUCCUAAGGACACAUUCACCUUGAUGGAUGGUACCAAAACCACCUUUAUGAGCUACUACAGCAAGAACUAUGGCAUCACUAUCAAAGAAAUGACCCAACCUUUACUUGUGCACCACCCAAAAGAAAGGUCCAACCAAGGAGGGAGGCAAAUCAUCACUGGAGAGAUUCUCCUGGUUCCAGAGCUUACCUUCAUGACAGGAAUUCCUGAGAAAAUGAAGAAGGACUUCAAAGCAAUGAAAGACUUGACCAUGCACAUCAAUGUAAGCUGUGCACAGCACACCCACUCCAUCAUGCAACUUCUGAAGAACAUUGCUAGCAGUCCUGAGAGUUUGAAGGAGCUUGACCGAUGGGGAUUGGAGAUGGACUCAAAAAUCCUGACGAUUGAAGGCCGGACACUGCCUCCUGAAACUAUCAGUCUUAAGACCUCAUCCUUUGCAACUAGUGCUGAUGUGUCCUGGUCCAGAGAGAUUGUGAGGGAUUUUUCCAUCAGCUCUGUCCCAUUGAACAUGUGGGCCAUAUUCUACCCUCGUCGUUGUGCAGACCAAACUGAGGAGCUGGUCUCCACCUUAAAGAAGGUAGCUGGGCCUAUUGGAGUACAACUGGAACGACCAAUCAGAGUGGAGCUUCGGGACGAUCGGACCGACACAUACGUGAAGACCAUCCAUGGUCUGCUCAACAGUGAGCCCAACUUGCAGCUUGUUGUGUGCAUCAUGGUUGGCAACAGAGAUGACCUUUACAGCGCCAUUAAAAAGCUCUGCUGUGUGAACAGUCCCAUCCCCUCCCAGGCCAUCAAUGUCCGGACCAUAUCUCAGCAGCAGAAGUUAAGGAGUGUUGCCCAAAAAAUUCUUCUGCAGGUGAACAGCAAGUUAGGAGGAGAACUGUGGACAGUCAGUGUUCCUCUGAAAAACUUGAUGGUUAUUGGAGUUGAUGUCCAUCAUGACACCAGCAAAAAGCACCAGUCCGUCAUGGGAUAUGUCGCAAGUCUGAACAGCUCUUUGACCCGCUGGUACUCAAGAGUCACUUUCCAGGCACCCACAGAGGAACUGAUCAUUGGCUUGAGAGUUUGCUUGUUGGCUUCUUUGCAGAAGUACUACGAGGUAAACCACAGCCUACCAGACAAGAUCGUGGUGUACAGAGAUGGUGUAUCUGACGGUCAGCUGAACAUGGUAGAGCAGUACGAGAUACCUCAGCUGUUGCAGUGUUUCAGUACUUUCCCCAACUAUGAGCCCAAGUUGGCGUUCAUUGUGGUCCAGAAGCGCAUCAGCACCACUCUCUACUCCUGGACGGCAAACAGCUUUGGCAUUCCGCCACCUGGAACUGUGCUGGAUCACACCCUCACCCAGAGAAACUGGGUGGACUUUUACCUAAUGGCGCAUCAUAUCCGCCAAGGAUGUGGACUGCCGACACGGUACAUCUCUCUGUACAACACAGCAAACUUAACUCCAGACCAUCUGCAAAGGCUCACAUUCAAGAUGUGCCACCUUUACUGGAACUGGUCCGGAACUAUUCGAGUCCCAGCCCCGUGCAAAUACGCACACAAACUGGCUUUCCUCGCUGGCCAGUACCUCCAUUCAGAGCCUGCCAUCCAGCUGGCAGACAAGCUUUUCUUCCUUUAAGUUUGACACAUUCCAGCGUUAAAGUUCGUUGUAUUUUCUGUUUUGUUUUUUGCAUGAUCUGUUUGUUUGCUGUCAGCUUCAGAAAGAGCUUGUUUAGUUUUAAAGUAUACAAGAAGUUUGUUUUUUUAUCAUUGUUGUUUUUGCACUUGUGUACAUUUGCAGCACUGCACUGCACUGUUUCCAAUCUCUAAUAAAAAGUGAUUGUACGAAAA